UGCACACUUCAGUGCGCGUCAAAUUGCGUGGUUCGGUGUACAUUAAAUUGCGCGUUGAAUUGCAUGUUUAAUUGCACGUCGAGUUGUGUGGUGGGUUGCGCGUUAAAAUGCGCGAGUCGGCGCAUGUCAAAUUGCGCAGUGCGGUGCAGCCAAUGUUUUGCGAUUUGCGCGUUAAAUCGCGAUGCGGUGCGGUGUGGUGCACACUGCACACUUCAGUGCGCGUCAAAUUGCGUGGUUCGGUGUACAUUAAAUUGCGCGUUGAAUUGCAUGUUUAAUUGCACGUCGAGUUGUGUGGUGGGUUGCGCGUUAAAAUGCGCGAGUCGGCGCAUGUCAAAUUGCGCAGUGCGGUGCAGCCAAUGUUUUGCGAUUUGC